AUGGCUGAGCCGUACGAGUACGAAGACGGAAUGGACGACUACGAGGAUGAGGAGGACGACCGCGUCCUGCCCGAAGACUGCUGGGCAGUUAUCAGCUCCUUCUUCGACACCAAGGGUCUGGUGUCGCAACAACUGGAUUCCUAUGACGAAUUUACGCGCAACACAAUACAAGAUAUCGUAAAAGAAAACGGAAGUGUCAUUCUGGAACAGAACACGCCCUACAACCCUGACGAGGAUGAUAACCCGAUUAUCAAGCGCCGCUAUGAGAUCAAGUUUGGACGUGUCUAUCUUGCACGACCAACACACACUGAAGGAGACGGUACCACUGUGCAGCUCUACCCACACGAGGCGCGUCUGCGAAACCUCACUUACUCCGGAGCCAUGUUGGCUGACAUUGAAAACCGCAUCAUGGUCGCUCGUGAAGGCCGUGACCCCGAGGGCGAUGAGGACGAAGACAUGGAGGGUGGAUACACAGGAGGUGCUUCACAAAUUCGGUGGGAACGUGAAGAUAUGCCCAUGGACGACGGUACUGCGGCGAGGGUUUUCAUCGGAAAGCUGCCCGUCAUGUUGCGGUCAGAGCUUUGCCACCUGCGAGCACAAUCAGACGCUGAUUUGUUUGCGCUGAACGAAUGCCCCUACGAUCAGGGUGGAUACUUCGUCAUCAACGGCAGUGAGAAGGUGCUGAUCGCCCAGGAGCGCAGUGCCGCCAACAUUGUACAAGUCUUCCGCAAGAAGCAGGGACCUAUUCCUUGGAUAGCAGAGAUUCGAAGUGCUGUCGAAAAGGGCACUCGUCUUAUCUCUUCCUUUAACAUCAAAUGGGCAGAAAACUCGCUCGCUGGCCCGGGCAAGCGUAUACCCGGUCCAUUCGCAUACGCCACCCUCCCAUAUAUCAAGGCAGAUGUGCCCAUGGCCAUUGUCUUCCGUGCGCUUGGUAUAGUUUCCGAUGAGGAGAUUCUGAGUCACAUCGUUUACGACCGUACCGACACACAAAUGCUGGAGCUGUUGAAGCCCAGUAUCGAGGAGGGUUCCGUUGUGCAGGACCGUGAGACUGCCCUCGACUUCAUCGCCAAACGUGGAGCAAACUCUGGUACCAAGGACAGGCGUCUCAAGUUUGCGAGGGACAUCAUGCAGCGCGAGUUCCUGCCGCAUAUCUCCCAAAAGGAAGGUCAGGAUACCCGCAAGGCCUAUUUCUUCGGUUACAUGAUCCACAGACUUUUGCAGUGUGUGUUGGGUCGCCGUGAUGAGGAUGACCGUGAUCACUUCGGAAAGAAGCGACUGGAUCUUGCGGGACCUUUGAUUGCCAACUUGUUCCGUAUCCUCUUCCUGAAGCUCACAAAAGACGUGUAUAAGUACCUUCAGCGGUGUGUCGAGAACAACCAGGACUUUAACGUUCAGAUGGCUGUAAAAGCCAGUAUCAUCACAAACGGUCUGAAGUACUCUCUGGCUACAGGUAACUGGGGUGAUCAGAAGAAGGCCGCCUCCGCAAAGGCUGGUGUCUCGCAGGUGUUGAACCGAUACACCUACGCUUCUACUCUAUCCCAUCUUCGUCGAACAAACACCCCCGUUGGACGUGAUGGUAAACUGGCCAAGCCCCGCCAACUCCACAACUCUCAUUGGGGUCUUGUCUGCCCUGCCGAGACGCCUGAAGGACAAGCUUGCGGACUGGUCAAGAACUUGUCUCUCAUGUGCUACGUCAGUGUCGGUAGCGAUGCAUCCCCCAUUAUCGACUUUAUGACGCAACGUAACAUGCAGCUUCUUGAGGAAUACGACCAGAAUCAGAACCCGGAUGCGACAAAGGUUUUCGUGAACGGUGUAUGGGUCGGUGUUCACUCCAACGCUCAGCAACUUGUCACAGUUGUGCAGGAGCUCCGACGGAAUGGAACUCUAUCUUACGAGAUGAGUUUGAUUCGUGAUAUUCGUGACCGAGAGUUCAAGAUCUUCACGGAUGCUGGCCGUGUCAUGAGACCUCUGUUCGUGGUUGAGAACGAUAUCAGAAAGCCAAACCGAAAUCACCUCAUCUUCACCAAGGAAAUCAGUAACAAGCUCAAGGCCGAGCAGCAAGAGACUAGCACACGGCAAGGCUGGAGCCAAGAGGAGGUGGAACAGGCCACCUACGGCUGGAGAGGUCUGAUUCAAGACGGUGUUGUCGAAUAUCUCGAUGCCGAAGAAGAGGAAACCGCCAUGAUAACGUUCUCGCCCGAAGAUUUGGAGGAAUGGCGAGAGAUGAAGAUGGGUUUGCCUGCAGCCGAGCGAUCUACCGAGGGCAAGGACCGACUCCGUCGUCUCAAGCCCCAGCCAGAUCCUCGCAUUCACGCCUAUACCCAUUGCGAGAUUCAUCCGGCCAUGAUCUUGGGUAUCUGUGCCAGUAUUAUUCCCUUCCCAGAUCACAACCAGUCGCCCCGUAACACGUACCAAUCUGCCAUGGGUAAGCAAGCCAUGGGUGUUGCUCUCACCAACUUUGCGCUCCGUAUGGAAACCAUGAUGAACGUCCUCUACUACCCCCAGAAGCCUUUGGCGACAACCAGGUCGAUGGAGUACCUCAAGUUCCGUGAGCUUCCCGCUGGACAGAAUGCCAUUGUCGCUAUUGCUACCUAUGGUGGUUACAACCAGGAAGAUUCCGUCAUCAUGAACCAGAGCAGUAUUGAUCGUGGUCUCUUCAGGAGUUUAUUCUACCGUGCGUACACUGAACAAGAGAAGCGCAUCGGUGUCAACGUCCUGGAACAGUUCGAGAAACCUACGCGUGCUGACACUCUUCGUUUGAAGGGUGGUACCUAUGACAAGCUCGACGAUGACGGUGUUGUCGCGCCUGGUGUACGUGUGUCCGGUGACGAUAUCAUCAUCGGAAAGACUGCGCCCAUCGCGGCAGACGCCCAGGAGCUUGGUCAGAAGACUACUCUGCACACCAAGCGAGAUGUUUCAACGCCUCUUCGUAGUACCGAGAACGGUAUCGUCGAUCAGGUGCUCUUCACCACCAACACCGAAGGUCUUCGAUUCGUCAAGGUCCGUACCAGGACUACCAAGAUACCUCAAAUUGGUGACAAGUUUGCUUCUCGUCACGGUCAAAAGGGUACUAUUGGUAUCACCUACCGCCAAGAGGAUAUGCCUUUUACUCGAGAGGGAGUGACACCAGAUCUAAUCAUCAACCCUCACGCCAUCCCUUCUCGUAUGACAAUUGCCCAUUUGGUCGAAUGUCUGCUAUCCAAGGUCGGUGCCAUCACCGGACAAGAGGGUGACGCCACACCCUUCACCGACGUCACGGUCGAUCAAAUCUCCCAGCUGCUCGAAGACGCCGGCUACCAGAAGCGUGGGUUUGAAAUCAUGUACAACGGUCACACUGGUAAAAAGUUGCGUACGCAAAUCUUCUUGGGUCCCACAUACUACCAGCGUCUCCGCCACAUGGUCGACGACAAGAUCCACGCUCGUGCCCGCGGCCCCCUCCAGAUUCUCACCCGCCAGCCCGUCGAAGGUCGUGCCAGAGAUGGUGGUCUCCGUUUCGGAGAGAUGGAACGUGAUUGUAUGAUUGCCCACGGUGCCGCUGCCUUCCUCAAGGAACGUCUCUUUACCGUCUCUGACGCAUACACCGUCCACGUAUGCGACAUUUGCGGUCUGAUGAGUCCUAUUGCCCAACUCAAAAAGGGCCUCUACGAAUGCCGUCCUUGCCACAACAAAACCCGCGUUUCACAAAUCCACAUCCCUUACGCCGCAAAACUGCUCUUCCAAGAACUCCUCGCUAUGAACAUUGCGACCCGCAUGUUUACAGAUCGUUCGGGUCUCAGCGUGCGUGACUAG